GUGCUUUUUUGAGGACCUGGGGUCUCCUAGCGCGCGACAAUGAAUGAGUGGGCACCCAUUGCAAAAGAAUAUGAUCCGCUCAAAGCAGGAAGCAUUGAUGGUACCGAUGAAGAACCGCAUGACCGAGCCAUUUGGAGGGCUAUGGUGGCCCGCUAUGUCCCCAACCAAGGCGUUGUGGGAGAUCCACACCUCACGCUCUUUGUUGCUAGACUCAGUCUCCAAACCACUGAGGACAAGUUGAAGGAAGUCUUUUCCAGAUACGGAGACAUCCGAAGGUUGCGUCUGGUGAGGGACUUGGUCACGGGUUUUUCUAAGGGCUAUGCGUUCAUUGAGUACAAAGACGAAAGGUCCCUGUUGAAAGCUCACAGAGAUGCCAACAAGCUCAUUAUUGACCAGCGUGAGAUAUAUGUAGAUUUUGAGCUGGAAAGGACCCUGAAAGGAUGGAUCCCGCGGCGGCUUGGGGGCGGCUUUGGGGGCAAAAAGGAGUCUGGGCAGCUGCGGUUUGGGGGCAGGGACAGACCUUUCCGGAAGCCCAUCAACUUGCCCGCUAUGAAAAGUGAUUUUUAUGGAGAAGGACUGGCAGAGAAAAGGGAGAGACCCUGGUCCAGGGAUUGGAAAACAAGGGAUCGAGGUCAGGAGAGGAAUAGAGAGCAGAGGUGGCCCGAAAGGGAGCGGAGUGAAAGCAAGAGGGACCGCGAGCGGCACUCCAGAGAGGAAAGAAGCUCUGGAAGAGAGGGAAGGGAUAGAGAGCGGAAAGACUGGAGCAGAGACCACACCUCCAAGAAACCAAGGGAUGAAGACCGACACUGAUGGAAAACUCCCAUCUUGUGCCGUGUGACUGCCGGACAACAGGUCAUGACAGGAAAUCCAGUUCCUGAACAUUUUGAACCAACACGUUCGUAUCCCAGCCACAUGGACUCUGCGAAAGCGCCUUGGUUUAGGACUGGGCUGUAGAACGUUCUCUUUCCUUGCUCAGCCACACUUCACCAUUUUUUGCAUAGUUGUCACAUUGUUUGGUGCCUGUGUGCUCACAAUGAAAAACAAUUCCGGUAUCCUAAAAGUGUGGUUCUUCUAGUGGUAGAAGGCGGCCCCAAAAGAGGCAGGCCCAAGCAGGCUGGCUGCUACUGUCUCUUCCCAGUGCUGUUACUCUUCAGGCAAUCUAGGGUAAGACCGCUGCAAGAAAAGGGAGGUUUUUUGGUAUUUUUGGUAUUUUUUAAUACCAAAAAGGGCGAGGGGCACAAAACUGUCCAUAUUUUCACCAUAGUAGCUGAUCAGGAGAAUUCUCCGCCCAUGUGAAGAUUUCACCAUUCAUCUUGUCUUGACCUGUGGCUUUGUUCACAGUGACCGUGUCAGAAAUGCCACCGCUAGUUAUUUUUGAACACAUUACUGGCCUUCAGCUAGGGUUUAAAUGUAUGUAUACAGCCUUUGUAGGUUGUGUGCACAUUAUUACAGAAUGGCUGUAACACAGUGAUGAGCUCACCGUACCAUUUUCAGGAUGGCGCAUUUUGUGGGAUGCUUCCUGGCUGUCGCAAGAUUGAAUGAGAGCAGAUAUUGGAGGCAAACCCCCCCAGUUCUUGGCUUUUUCUUAUUGGGCCAGGCUUACAGGCAUUCUGGGAACAAAGUUUUUGUGUUGCAAACAUACCUUUGUA